AUGUAUUUUGCCACCUUUAAAAUUCUGCUUCAGGUCAUGUUCCUUACUUAUAUUUACGGCACUAUCAUGAGUAGUUUCAUUAAUUACGCAGUGAUGAUCAGCAUCGUGAAUGGAAACCGCGAUCUGCUCGCGCUGGCCAACUACCUCUACGGAUCUGGUGGCUUGUACUAUAUGGUGCCUGUCGGCCUGGCGGUUGGCGGUGGUCUUGUUAUCGUCCAUCGCAUCUUUAUGUUUUUCGUCCCCGAGAUCAAGGGCUUCUCAACCUCGGAGCUCAACCUGCCACAGUUUAUCCAGUACGCCGGCUACAUCCCCUAUAACGCCAGCCAGACCUGCGUCAUCUUCAGCCAGGUCAUCGCCGGCUUCUUCACCCAGUUCUACCUGCGCAACUACCGCCCGCGCAUCUUCAGGGACUACUCGUACCUGGUCACCGGCGCCUUCGACGGCGCCAGUCUCGCCGUGCUCUUCAUCCUGUCGUUUGCCGUCUUCGGCGCCGGCGGGCCGUCCAAGCCGUUCCCUACGUGGUGGGGCAACAACGCUGAUGGCUACUAUGAUCUUUGCCCAUCUUCUGAGUAG